AUGCCGAUGUCCUGCCCGGCUCGCGUCCGCAUCGUCUCGUGGAACCUAUGGCUGAUACCGUUUGGCGGCCCGUGGUGCCUCGGCCGCGUGCAGGCCAUCGAGCGGUGCCUGUGCAGGCACGUAGGCUCAAUGUUGACCGAUCCUGGCGUGGAGGACUGCCUGGUCAUCGCCGCACUGCAGGAGGCGUGGGCGUGGCGCGCUGGACCGCUAUAUCCACUCGUCUGGCUCGAGGCGGCGCUGCAGAAGAGGCUUCUGAGUUCGCUCUUUCGUGGCGAUCGCGAGCCGUUGGCGCUGCGUGCGAUCUUUGCACUCAGCCGUGUCGUCCAGCUCGCUGGCGCUCUCGUCACCUCCGUCUGCGCGCCGCCGCUCUUGCGCGCCGUCCUCUGGAGUCCCAAGCCCGUCCUCGCUGCGUCCCUGCGCCGCGCCGGGCUGCCUCACGCCACAGCGGCGGGGGAGGCCUCCUUCCGCCACGCCGGCUGGCCGCGAGAGAGCAAUCGGUCGGCGAGCGCGCCGUGCCUGCUGGACUGCGGGCUCCUGCUCUGCACGAGCCGGCCGCCCGACGAGACCGGCUUCGAGCCGUUCGACUGGCGUGGUAACGCCGAGUGCGUCGCCCACAAGGGGAUGGAGUGGGCGCGGUUUGGCGGCCUCGCGGUCCUCACGACGCACAUGACCUUCGAGUACGCGGACGGCGGCGUGCAGCGAGGCGCGCAACAAUUGCAGCUCGCGCGGCUCGCGGCGAGGCUGCUGGACGAGGGCGCGGAGCAGCUGCUCCUCGUCGGUGACCUGAACAGCGCACUCCCGCAUCAGACCCUGCCCGGUCGGAGGAACGGCCCGCGCCCGAGCUGCGCCACGCCUCCGUCGGUCUACGAGAAGGCGUGGCUCGGCUCCCACGCGAGUCUCGACCGGCUGCACGAGGCCUUCGAGGCGGUGGACGCGGACCUCGAGCUGCGUCGCAUGGACACGGGCGAGGAGCCGACCUGCGAGGAUGGCACCGUCGACCAUGUCCUCUGCUGUGCCCGCCGCUCGCGGCCGCCUGGAGGCGUCGCGUAUCGCGCGGCCACCAGCUCGACGGUGGUGGACCCGAGGGCGGAGGUCUCCGACCACGCGCUGGUUCGGUGCGAGCUCGAGUGGCGAGGAGGCAGUGGAACAUGA